AUGGCUGAUCCUUUGAGUAUCGCUGCGGGCAUCAUUGCUGUCAUCACAGCCACAAUACAGUCGUCCGAGGCACUCUAUCUUACGAUUGAAAGCUUCAAAAAUUAUCCAAAGAGAGUCCAGGACCUUUCGAAGCAGCUCUUGGGCCUCACAGAGACUCUUGCUUCCUUGCGUGAGCUCUCCGAGCAGGAUGAGGGUCUGGGCACGCCCUUCGAGGUUCCUUUGAGGGAAUGUAGGGCAACAUGCGAGCAAUUUAGAGAAGCUCUGGAGAUUCACCGGCAGCGUUUGAGCAGUGGAAGGAGCUUUUAUGCGUGGAUCUCGUUCAAAUUCAGGAACGGCGACAUUGUCAACUUUAUGGAAACCCUGGCUGUGUACAAGUCCACCAUGGCAAUCGCCAUUGCCGAUGCGAACCUGCGUACAUCGAAAGUCACACUCAGAGUUCUGAACGAGUACAAGAGAGGUGUCGACGCAACCACCGAGAAUCUGCAGAACCACUUUGAGGACGUGUUGGCUAGACUAGACGCCCUCCGCGAGCCUACCACUGGCGGGGAGCAGGUCGCGGCGCACUCAUCUAUCCAUCUGGAGCAGAUGCGUGACGAGAAGAACAGCAUCGAGUACUGCCUGCAGAUAUGUCGCCGAUUCCAAGCCGACAUUGAACAGAGGCAGUUCCAAAUUGCCCAGGAUUGUCGGCUUCCCGUGACGGCCAGCAGCCACGCUAGAUCGAUGCCGACAAAGGAUAUGACUCUGGCGGGUAUGACAACCCUGUCGUGCCUGAAAGCAUGUGGCUUGGAGACGGCCCACGCCAUUGGCAAGCUCAGCCAGCAAGCGAUAGUAGCACAAGGCCGGUUACUCGAAGAACAAACCCCACUCCCCCAGAUUACACGACAGCAUUCGUCUGACGAGGACCUCGGCGUCGGGGAUGAAGAGCCGGUGGAUGGCCAGGCGUUCAGAGCUCGUGAAAUUGAAGGCGAGCUCGCGAGCGUGAAGCAAUUGCUGCACUUCUGCAAGGAGGCGUCGUCCCGUGCCACCCCAGAUCGAGUGCACAACAUCAGAGACAUUAGCGCGGGGGACAGAUCCCAGCAAAUUUGCAUUUCUUCUGUGGGCGAUCUCUUCAAAAUACGAAAGGCUCACGUGGGGGAUGGCGCGCUCCAGAUGUUCGGCUCAUUUUCCCCAGAACACCUGCGUGAUAUCACCAUGAUUCACUCACGGGGACGGGAUGCAGCAGUCACCGAGCAGGCGGGACGCGGCGAAACGCAGGGACAGUUAUUAGAUGGUCAGGUCCAGGCAGGCAGCACCAACAGGACCAGGUGA